UUAAAAUUUCCAGAUGAUUCUUCCACCGUUGUAUUGUCUUCUAUCCCUAUUAACGACCAUCGUGACGUCAUCGGAGAUAUCCAGACCGUGCAUCGAACUAUCCAGAGAGCUGCGAUUGCCGUGCGCCUGCGCACUCGGACCGGCCGAAGAGGCCCUCGAAGGCAACCCCUCGGUGUCGAUGAACUGCGACGGGGCGGUCUUCUCCUCGGACGUUCCCCGGCUACCGGAAGGCGCCCCCAUCGUGGCCUUCACCCAAAGAUGGGCCGGCCACCAAUCUCUUCCACUACAAGUGUUUUCGUCGAAGGACCUGCCGCUGAGAUCGGUGGAUUUGUCGGGCAACUCGCUCAGGCGAUUGACGGAGAAGACGCUGCGCACGUUCGAGGCAACUCUGGUGGAAUUGCGAUUGGCCGACAACCGCCUGGGGGACGGUUUGAAUCCGAUCUUCUCGACGACGGAGCUGCGCGGUUUGAGCCGCCUGCGAUUGCUGGAUUUGAGCGGUAACGAUGUCAAGGCCAUCGAAGAGGGCCUCUUCGACGGUUGCGACGAUUUACAGGAGUUACAUUUGGAACGGAACAGUUUCACGGCGGUGCCCAGCGCAUCUCUAAACGGUCCGAAAAGUUUGAGGCUCCUUUCGUUGGCCGACAAUCGAAUAGAAUCGAUAAAAACCGAGGCGUUCAAAUCGCAGAGGCGUUUGGAAUCGAUCGAUUUGACCGGUAAUUUGAUAUCGAUCGUCGAAAGUCGGGCCUUUUCGCCGUUGGAUAAAUUGAAAACGAUAAUAUUGGCUGGUAAUCGGCUGUCUAGAUUCAACAGCGACGUUUUCCAGGGCGCGGAAAAUCUUUUAUCGAUCGAUCUAUCGCGGAAUUUCAUCGGCGAUUUUCCCCAUGUGGCCCUCAAGGCUUUCCGCAAUCUCAGAUACCUCAAUUUAUCGUCGAAUUUGAUACAGAGUUUGGAAAACGGCCAGUUGUCGAACCUGCAUGGACUCCACCAUCUUGAUUUGAGCAGGAACAAUUUGGCUAAUAUAGCGCCCGGUACGUUUCUGGGUUUGAAGCAACUCAAGCGAUUGGAUAUCGGAGUGAAUUCCUUAAGAACGAUCGAAGACGACGCCUUCGAAGGCCUCGACAGCCUCGAAUUCCUCGGCCUGAAAGACAACAACAUACUUCUUAUACCGGCAUCAGCGUUGGGUCGCCUGCCGAAACUCCACACCGUCCAAUUGGACUACAACCGGAUCGCCGCCAUUUCGGCCGACAUCCUGCGCUCCGUCGCCUCCAAACUCACCGCUUUAUCUCUAUCGAAGAACAUCAUCAGGGAAUUACCGGCCGGCUCGUUCGCCAACUUCCACCGCCUGGAAACCCUCGACUUAUCCAGGAAUUUGCUCGGCUCGCUCGAUUCUGGCACGUUCGCCGGCUUGGAUAACAAUCUCCUGGAGCUCGAUCUAUCGGGCAACCGGAUCAGCAACCUGCCGGCUGAUCCGCCGGCUCUGAGCCGGCUCAGGCGACUCGAUCUGAGCGACAAUCACCUCGUAGACAUUCCAGAAGGUUUCUUCGAUCUGAUGCCUGAGCUACGCAGCUUCAACGCCAGCCGGAAUCGCCAUCUAAACGGCGUGCCGGAAUCGAUUCUGCGCGGAAAGAAUCGAUUGGAAUUGAUCGAUUUGAGUCACGCUUACGCGGGGGUUCGAUCGAUUCGAGUGGAAUCUAAAACUAUAAAAGAGAUUUACCUAGCGCAUAAUAACUUGCAGGAAAUAGGCGAAAAGGCUUUUAAUAACAUGCCGAACGUCACUGUAAUCGAUUUAUCUUACAACAAUAUAUCUCGCAUCAAAGAUGGCGCGUUCGCCAACGUGAUGAACAUCGAGAGAUUGGUGUUGAAAGGGAACAAACUCGGUUCGUUUAAAGGGGAAUUUUUCAAUACCGGUACCGGUUUGGUCGAAUUGGACUUGUCUAACAAUCGAUUGACCUAUUUAUAUCCGUCGUCGUUUCGGAUACACCCGCGAUUGGAAUCGAUUCGGAUCGAUGGUAAUCGAUUGGAGGCGUUUCCCGGCGAGUUGAUUGGGAAUUUGCAGUACUUGCGACGCGUCGAUUUGUCGCGGAAUCGAUUGAAGGCGAUCGGCGAGUUGGAUUUCGCGAUGUUGCCGCGUUUGAAUCGAUUGAACGUGGCCGGGAAUCGAUUGGAAUCGAUCAACGAGAUGGCGUUUCACAAUACGACGCAAUUGCAAUCGUUGGAUUUGGGCGGCAAUAAAUUGGAGAGGUUGGGCGAACGGAUGUUCGAAGGUUUGGUCAGAUUAGAGUGGUUGAAUUUGGAAAACAACCGCCUGGCGGAUCUUCCAGAAACGAUUUUCGAACGACACCGAUUACAAGCAUUGGAAAACAUCAAUUUGGCGGGAAAUUCGUUCGAAAUAGCGCCGCUGAAGGCGCUCCAAAAGCAGUAUUUCUUCGUCGACUCCGUCGAUUUGUCGCACAAUAAAAUCAGAGACAUCCCCGCCGAGGAUAGCAUGAUGGUCAACAUUAAAAAAUUAGAUUUAUCCUUUAAUCCUCUAUCGGAGGCGGCCGUGAUGAAUAUACUGAACGAGCCGAAGACGGUGAGAGAAAUAAACAUGGCCGGUACCGGUAUAAAAAAUAUACCCAGAUUGGAAACGCCGUUUUUGAAACGAUUUAAUUUAUCGAUGAAUAACAUUCGUGAUUUGAACGGGGAGAAUUUCGAAAGGGUCGCAUUAUUGGAGGAGCUCGAUUUGUCUCGGAACGAUCUAGCUGGCUUGGGGAACUUUUCCGAAAUUUGGAAACUUUUGGGGAAUUUGCAGACAUUGGACGUGUCCGGUAACCCAAUCGGGAGCAUUUCGAACGGAGAUUUCGACGGACUCGAAAAAUUACGGCAUUUAAAUUUGCACAAUCUAACCGAAUGCACGCGCAUCGAGAAAACCGCCUUCAAAAACCUGCCCGAUCUAUCAACGAUGACAGCCUACGGUUACCCGAAAUUGGGCUACAUGGACGUCCAAGGCAUACUGCGAAACACUCCUCUCCUAGAAACCGUCCACAUCGAAACCAAAGACCCUUCCAUAGGCAAGGACCAAUUACAAACCCUUCUACAUCCCAGGCUCAAGGAACUCGGCAUUCGAGGCCGAAGGCUCGCCAGCAUCUCCUCCGGCGCUCUAUCGGGCAUCAAAGGACCGGAACUGUCGCUGCGAUUCGUCGAGACGUCGCUGACGUCGCUGCCGCCGGCGCUCUUCUUUCCCGUGCCGAGAUCGACGCGCGUCCUUUUGGACGUCACCGGCGGCCGAUUGGGCGCCGUGGCGCCCCAAUUGUUGGCCGCCAUCGAAGAUCGCCGCGGCGACUUCGAGAUGAUCGGCUUGGAGACGAAUCCGAUCGCGUGCGAUUGCGGCUCGAGAGCGUUGAGACGAUGGCUGGCCGGCCGAACGGUCGAGGUCAGGUGUUCGGCGCCCGAGCAUCUCAAAGGUAAGUUACUGGUGGAAAUCGGCGACGACGAGCUGACUUGCGACGCCCGAAAAACCGCCCCCGACGCCGCCAACGCGACGCCCCGACCGCAGCCGUCGACACCGCCGACGAACGGCGGCGGCGGGAAAUUCAAAUCGCGCAAAAUCACCGAACCGGAAAUCAUCUGGUCGAUGCCGCCCCACACCACCGACAAACCGAAUUACACCAGCAACAAUUACAAAUCGAAGGCGAAGCCCGGCCAAACGGGCGCCGCGACGCCGCCGACGAACGACGACACGCUCGUCAUCGGCAUCGUGGGCGGCGUGGUCGCUUUCAUAGCCAUGCUGAUCAUCGUCAUAUGCAUCGUAAGGUUGCGGAUGACGGGCGGCGGCGGCGGCGUCGCGACGCCGGCGCCGCAGCCGGGCGGUUGCGCUUGCAGCGUCAAGGGCGGCGGUUCGGUGUACGCGGUGCCGCCGCCCUACGGGGCGGUGUACGCGGCGACGUUGCCGCACAAGAUGGGGGCGCAUGCGCAGAUUGCGCAGAUGGGGCGCGGGCCGCCGCCUUCGAAUUAUUCGAAUUAUUCGACGGUUGAGAGGGGCGGUUGCGGCGUUGCCGUCCAACCGUAUUUCAUAGCCGGUUCGUAUCCGUCCGACGAGAAGAUUUACCGGUAG